AUGGACAUAGAAGAAAGCAAUGGGAAUGGAAACCACGAGAGAGGAAAAGACGAUUCGGCCCUUCAAACCUCACCGAAGAGUCCUUUAAGCUCCAUAGAUCUCGCCAUGGAUGGCGCCAUGAACGCUUCCAUCGAGCAGCUUUACCACAACGUCUGCGAAAUGGAGAGCUCCGACGACCAGUCACCGUCGCGUGCGAGUUUCAUCUCGUACGGCGCUGAAUCGAGAAUCGAUUUGGAGCUGAGGCAUUUAGUCGGAGAUGUUGGAGAAGAAGUCGGAGAGAGAAAGAAAGAGACUUUCUUGGAGAAGAAGGAAAAAAGUAACAGCAACGAGAGUAAAAACAGAGGAGGUAACUUGAGUCAGAAGAAACCAAGUGAAUCUCUUUCAAACGGUAAGAAGCUUGCGAAAACGAGCCCUAACCGGAAACUCCCCGGCUCGAGGAUCUCAUCGAGGAAAUCUCCAGAUUCCGUGGAGGAGGAGAGUCCCGAGAUCGGACCGUUGCUGUUGAAGCAAGCAAGAGAGAUGGUUUCCUCCGGUGAGAAUCUAAACAAAGCUCUUGACUUGGCGUUGAGAGCGGUGAAAGCGUUUGAGAAAUGCGUCGAAGGAGAGAAACAAAACGGUUUAAACCUGGUCAUGUCUCUGCAUAUCUUGGCAGCGAUCUACGCCGGUUUAGGGAGACACAACGAGGCAGUUCCUGUUCUCGAGCGGUCCAUCGAGAUACCGAUGAUCGAAGACGGCGAAGACCACGCGUUAGCGAAGUUCGCAGGUUGCAUGCAGCUCGGGGACAUGUACGGUUUGAUGGGUCAAGUCGAAAACUCAAUCUUGCUCUACACGGCAGGUUUGGAGAUCCAAAGACAAGUUCUUGGAGAAUCGGACGCAAGAGUCGGAGAAACUUGUAGGUACUUAGCAGAAGCUCACGUGCAAGCAAUGCAGUUCGAAGAAGCCUCAAGGCUUUGCCAAAUGGCGUUAGACAUUCACAAAGAGAACGGAGCAAACACUACAGCUUCGAUCGAAGAAGCUGCGGAUAGAAAACUGAUGGGACUCAUCUGCGAUGCCAAGGGAGAUUACGAGGUUGCGCUUGAGCAUUACGUUUUAGCGAGCAUGGCUAUGUCGUCACAGAAUCACAGAGAAGAUGUUGCGUCUAUAGAUUGUAGUAUCGGUGAUGCGUACAUGUCUCUAGCUAGGUUUGACGAGUCGAUAUUCGCUUACCAGAAGGCUUUGGCUGUGUUUAAGCAAGCCAAAGGUGAGAACCAUUCCUCUGUGGCUUCGGUUUACGUCAGGCUCGCUGAUUUAUACAACAAGAUCGGGAAAAUCCGCGACUCGAAAUCCUACUGCGAAAACGCUCUUAGGAUUUACCUAAAACCGUCUCCAGGGACUCAAGCGGAAGAGGUUGCGACUGGCUUUAUAGAGAUCUCUGCGUUAUAUCAGUCGAUGAACGAGUUGGAGCAGUCUUUGAAGCUGCUGAGACGUGCGUUGAAGAUAUACGCAAACGCUCCUGGUCAACAGAACACGAUUGCUGGUAUUGAAGCGCAAAUGGGUGUGAUUUGUUACAUGAUUGGGAACUAUCCUGAGUCUUACAACAUUUUCAAGAGCGCGGUUUCGAAGUUUCGCAACAGUGGAGAGAAGAAAACGGCUCUUUUCGGGAUUGCUCUGAAUCAGAUGGGGCUUGCUUGCGUUCAACGUUACGCAAUCAAUGAAGCUGCGGAUUUGUUUGAAGAAGCGAAAACCAUUCUUGAGAAAGAGAAUGGACCGUACCAUCCUGAUACAUUGGCGGUUUACAGUAACCUCGCCGGAACAUAUGACGCAAUGGGCAGGUUAGAUGAUGCUAUAGAGAUAUUGGAGUAUGUGGUUGGGACGAGAGAGGAGAAGCUUGGGACGGCGAAUCCGGAGGUGGAGGAUGAGAAGCAGAGGCUGGCUGCGUUGUUGAAAGAAGCCGGAAGAGGAAGGAGCAAGAGAAACAGAGCACUUCUUACUCUUUUGGACAAAAACCCUGAGAUUGCACCGAACAUUGGACAGAGACAGGUUUAUUGA